AACCGGUUUUUUACUCCCCCUUCAAUAUCUGCAUGUAAAUAUGCCAAAUAAGCAGAAUAUUUUCAAUGCAAAUGUUAGUCAUUAAAUCUACUCCUUCGCGUGCAUACUUAACUACAAUGCACUGAAUAGCUUAUUUUCAAAAAUUCCAAAAAAAUCGUGGUAUUUAUUGAGAUAAUCCAGUGAGUGUGUGGCGACGCUGCUCCGGAAAGAAUGGAUGAUAAAAUCAUUAAUAUUUACGUUACCUUCCUGAAUUAUAAUCCUUCAAAAGCUAAAGAUGGUAUUGUAAUCAAGAACGACGGGUUCUGUUUCCUAAAUUUGGAAGAGCUUCAACGCCAUAAGAAAUUCAGGAGACAGCAAAGAAAUCACGUGGAACCAAAUAUUUAUAAACAUUAUAAAUGGUACUAUUCCAUCCUAAACUAUGAACUUAACUCUGCCCCUGAAGGAUAUAAACUUCGUGUCAAUCAAUUCGAAAUAGAAUCAAAUAAUAUUGAAGCAUUUUGCUUGAAUGGUGACGUCUUCACCGCGGUUACUAUAAUUUUUGGUCCUGAAAUGGAAUACUGGUAUUACUCAACGCCUGAGGAUGAGUCCAACCGUAUAUGUGGAAGUAAAUUACUGGAGAAGAAACGGGGUAUGUUUGGCAAACUGAACAUUAUCGAACUGAAACAGAGACAGUUGAGACCAGAGCCAAACGAUGAAAUCCUAAAUAUUAUCAGCAAAGCCUACUCCCACGAACCUUCUGUGAUAGCAAUUACUGAGCCUCCCUAUUUUGCUUGUAGGUAUGAACAAAGCCUUGACUGUCUAGACGAAAUUUGUAGGUGUAAUAAUUCAUAUAAAUUUGAGACGAUGCUUUCCAAAGCAGAAGAAAUUCAUUGUAUCAAUUUGUUAGAAAGGAGAGGUUGA